AUGCAGUUUCACGGUCUUGUGGCGGUAGUCCUCUCUGCUCUAAUUGCUCUUAGCCAUGGUGUUCCUGUCCCUGGACCAAGCCCUGAGGAACUUCAAGGAUAUGGAUAUCCGGUUCAAGAACGAUCGGUGGAUGCCACCGGGAAGUAUGACUGGUCUCCGGUUGAAGAACGAUCAGUGGAUGUCACCGGGAAGUAUGACUGGUCUCCGGUUGAAGAACGAUCAGUGGAUGUCACCGGGAAGUAUGACUGGUCUCCGGUUGAAGGGCGAUCAGUGGAUGUCACCGGGAAGUAUGACUGGUCUCCGGUUGAAGGGCGAUCAGUGGAUGUCACCGGGAAGUAUGACUGGUCUCCGGUUGAAGGACGAUCAGUGGAUGUCACCGGGAAGUACGACUGGUCUCCCGUUGAAGAACGCUAA